AUGAUUGCCAUGCACAUUAAAGAAAUAUGGCCAGAGCCGCCUCUCCCAAAAAAAGUGCAGGAUGUGCCCAGAAUCCCAAAAGUAAUUGAAGCCUUUCAAAGGACGCUUUUCCAAGAAGAAGUACAAGAGACAGAAAGAAAAUUGAGUGAUGUCAUAUCUGAUAUCACGUCUCUUUUCACUGAAUCUGUGCAGAACUCGGUGCUUGUGAAGAAUCCUCGGGGAAUUGAAGGAGAAGUUAAAAAAAUAGCAAAAUUAUACGAAGAAAUAAAUUUAAUUAUAAGCAGUAAAAGGGAGAUAGAAGCAAAGGAAAGGGUUGUGCAUUUAGUUAAAAAACAAAUAAAAAAAAAGCAAAACCUAAUUAACAAACUAAAUUUAAAUGAAAAAACAAAAAGAAAAGAAAUUGCAGAGUAG